AUGGCUGCAAGACAGCAAAGACAACGUCGUGUUUUUAAGCGGAGAUUAGAUCCCUUUACGGAAUACAAUGCUGUGGGACUUAUCACACGCUGCCAUUUUGAUAGACAAGGAAUUGAACAUAUCGGGACGCUGAUUGACGAUUUCGUUUCACCAGCAACAAGUCGAAAUUGUAGCAUACCAACUAAUUUACAAGUCAUGAUAGCUCUUCGCUAUUUCGCAACAGGAAAAAUGCAGUUAUGUAACGGGAAUGACUUCGGAAUUCACCAAUCCACUAUGUCUAGGAUUGUUCAAAGGGUCUCUACAGCCUUAACCCGACCACAUAUCAUUCAAAGAUAUAUAAAAUUUUCUACCGACGCUCAGACAAUUCACAGGCACCAGACAGACUUUCACGCAAUCGCCAAUUUUCCGGGAGUGCUUGGCGCUAUCGACGGGACCCAUGUUAAGAUAUUGCGUCCUACAGUUAAUGAAGAAGAAUUUGUUAAUAGAAAAAACUUCCACAGUGUUAAUGUGCAACUUGUCGUGGACGCACAUUGUCAUAUACAGGACAUAGUCGCCAAGUGGCCAGGGUCAACACAUGACGCAAGAAUUUUGCGAGAAAGUGGCAUUAGCCAAUUAUUUCAAACACCCGGACUAAUUCCUGUUAAAUGUCACCUUCUCGGUGAUAGUGGCUAUCCAUGGAAAAACUUGAUCCUGACUCCCUUCCUUAACCCUGCAACCCAACAGGAAAGAAGAUACAAUGGGCCAAUCAUUGACGAGGAUGGAGAAAGUGACGAUGAUUCUGAUGAGGGCAGUGAUGACGAUGAUGCUGACAACAACAACUGUGUCCCCGACAAUCUGGAUGGCAGAGCAUACAAUACAAUGACUCAUUUCUAG